UCAAAAUCCAUGCCCCAUUUUCCUUUCUUUUUCCCAACUUCUCAUUUCAUUAAUUUGUUUCAUUAUUCUCUCUCCCUCUUCCAUUUGCAUUUUAUGCUCCCUAUUCUUCAUGUUUUCUUGAUUUUUUCACCACCCUUUUUCUGGAACAUAACAUUCCCUACAAUAGCUAACAAUUUUCUUGAUUGUUUUUGCUUCUCCAUUUUUAACAUCUUUGGUGGAUUUUUACAGUUAUUGUGGAAUUGCUCUUUUAUUGCUGCUGAGGUUUUCUUUAAAGUGGGUGUAAAAUACUUAAUCUUGAAGCUUAGUCCAAGCUAAUAUGAAGUUAAAGAUCAGAUUUUUCUAUCUGGGUGUGGUUAAAUUUGAUCAUGGGAAGUUUUAAAAUGCACCUACAUGUGAAAAUAAUUAAGUCUGAUAAUAGUUCUUUUUUGGUGGGGUUUAUAUGGUUUUGUCAUGGGUGAUGCAGAUGAGAGGAGGAUGGAGAAUCUUUCAUUGGACACAAGCAGAUUUUCAAGGGACUUAUUGCAAAGAUUUAUGGGCAAUACUACUUCAGAAAAAUCUGAACUUGAGGAUAUUAAUGAAGAUGCGUUGAAUCUUGGGUUGUCAUUAGGAGGUAGAUUUGGUGUUGACAAAACAUCAUUAGUAAGGUCUUCUUCUAUAGCUGCUAUUUUACCAACAGUUAAAGAUGAUGAUGCACUAAGUUCAUCAUCAUCAGCACAAGUAUCUUAUAAUCAUAGCAGUUUGGUUAGAACUUCUUCAUUGCCAGUGGAAACUGAGGCAGAAUGGAGAAAGAGGAAAGAAUUGCAGAGUUUGAGAAGGAUGCAAGCUAAGAGGAGAAGGUCAGAGAAAGUACAAAGGAAUUUAAGGGGUGAUAAUAAAGAAGUGGGAGAUGAAAAGAGAGGGAUUGAGAUGAAGUUGAGAGGCAGAAAAUUGGAGAGGGAACAGUAUUUGGCUACUGCAAAGAAGUUUGGUUGUGGGUUGCCAACAUUGGCUGCUUUUGGGGCAAUGGCAAAAGGGAAAGGAAGUUAUUUGGCUAGUAAAAUGCAAGGGCUUGGAAAACCAGCAUCACUGGAGUCAAUGGAAUCUCAAGGUGGUAGUUCUUCUAGUAUUUCUGAGUUGGAUAGUAAACCCGCACAAGGUACGACAGUUCUUUUUACGAGUUUAACUUAUAUACACUCCCUUAUCAUCUUAGUUUUAAUUAGUCAUUAUAUGCUUCUUUAUUGCUAUUGUUUGCUCUUCCUACAACUUUGAUGAAUCAAUCAAGUGCUUAGAGUUGAGAAUAAGACAAUUUGUACUUUCAACACAUUUCGCUCCUCGAGAGUACUAAAUUUUGAAUCUAAAUUAGAUUAGUUCAACUCAAUAUUUUAAAAUUAAAAUUUAGAUAUUUAAAAACUAUAAAAAAAAAAUGAGUAUAAGUUACAAUUUUUCUCAUAAUAUGCUAAAUGUGUAUCUAAAUUGAAAGGGAGGUAGUAUCUGUUUUGGUAUUUGAAUUUUAUACUAGUAGUAUGUUUUAACAAAGUAGAAAAGAGCAGAAACACUUUUUACUUUGGUGUUGAACAAUCUUGAUCCUUGUAUGAGUAGUCUAUUUUUGGCUCAGUAGGCGUGUAAUCACAUGUUAAAUUACUGUAGUAGGACAUUUUCAUUUUUCUUUUAUUUUAUGAGGUGGUAGAAAAAGUCUUGGUGCUUCUUGUUGAAAGCCUGCUGUCAAGAUCUUACAGAUUUUUUGGCUUUUGCUUUAUCUGUAUUCACAUGCAUGUGUUUUUUCUAAUUGCCAUUUGCCACGUUCUUGAUUCAGAAGUAUGUUUAUCAAAUUCCUUCUAUUAGUGCAGGUAUUAUAUUGAAUGUUUGACUAUUUAAAGGUACUUAAUAGCCAAAAGUGAUUUUGUUUUUGGAAAAGAACUUUUUUUCCCUAAUUUGAGGUGUUUGGCCAACGCUUUUGGAAAGAAGCAGAAUCAGUUUUUGAGAAGAAGAAAAAAGUAGCUUCUUCCCAAAAGCAGAAGCAAUUUUGACUUUUUUUUUUAUC